AUGACUAUAAUCUUGAGAAAAUCAUAAAUAAAGAAAGAUUUCUUUAGACAGGCUCAGUAACUACUUAUAGUGGAUGCAAGACAUGCAUAGACUAAAAUUAGAUUUUCUGUGUUCAAAACACUUAGAGGUCUGGUUCAUGUCUAUCGGCAGCUUAAAAAUCUGCAGAUGUAGAAAUCUGCUCUUCAGAUGCAGGUCAGUGGUACUAUUUGCAAAUACCUCUUCAGAAUGCCUCCUAAAGCAGGUCCCAAUGAUUAUAUGAUAGUAAAUACAACAAUAAUGCAGAGAGCCAUAGCAAUUGGUCAUAUUGCUUAAACAUAUCUAGAGCCUUAACUAAAUGAGACAGUAUUUAUAAAUUCAACAACUAGCUCAAUAAAAAUCAAAUACCCAUUUCAGAUGUUUAUGACUGUAUAUGGAAACAGCACAUUUAAGGGUAACUUUUAAUUUAAGUAUCAAUUCAUUGACAUGCCAGGUCCUGAUGGAAAUACUCCUCAGACCAAUUCACGUUCAAGCUCAACUACAGAUGAAUUCUCAUUACUAAGUAUUAUUCUAAUAGCUGUUUUUGUCCCUGUUGGAGUAAUAUUAAUAACCUCAGUAAUCGGUCUACUUAUUUACUUUCACCGUAAAAACACAAAGCUUAAGAGGAUAAAAUAAUUGAAAUCGAAUUCUAAAGUCAAGGAACCCGAAAAAAUUCCAGAAAAAGGAAUCAACUUCGCCAAUGAUGAAGAGUAUUUUAAAAUGAUUUUGAGUUAAAAAAUAAGAAUGGAGUUAGGUUUCGAUGGAAGUGGGAAUAACAGUCUCUCAGGUAAUGCUAAUUUCUUGGGCAAUAAUUAAGCAGGUACCACUCUAGAUAAUAAUUCUGUUGGCUCGGAUUUAAAAAUGCCGCUCUAAAAAACUGAUGCUCUCUAAAGCGAUUUUGGGGACUAAAAUUCAAAUGAAAUGUAUAAACUUAAGACAGCAACACCAGAAGACUUAAAAAAUAAAAACUUGAAGCAGUAUCCUUCUCCAAUUAAUGAUUAGAAAUAUAAUAAAGUAUAAUAAGAACCAUAGGUUUAAACAUAGAAUAUAUCAAGAUAAAUUUCCAGUGUGGUUCCGCAUUAAUAACAAUAAACUAAGACAAUAUCAAGAUAAGUGACUGGCUAGGAAGUUAACUAUGAUGAUCAGAGAAUUAAAAGAGCACCUACUAAUGUCAUGAGUAUCUAGCAAAUCAAUCAAUAGUAUUCAAAUUAGAACAAUAAUUCAUUACCUCCUAUAAAUGUCAAGGGUUCAUCUUUGCCACCAAUAUCCUUUAACAACAAGAAUUAAUUUGGAGAUUUAAUGCUUCAAGAAGCUGAUGAUGAUCUUUGA